CGACUGGCACAGCUGAUUCCCGGCUGGAAUUCCCGGUUGGCGCAGCCGAUUCCAGGCUGGAAUUCCCACCUGGAAUCCGCUCCCUAAAGGGGUGUCCCGGCUGGAAAGGGCCGUCCCCAUUGCCAUCCUUUCCCUCCUCCCCGUUCCCCGGUCCCUCCCACUCCCUCCCAGCGCUCUCCCGCUGUCAGGGAGCCGGGAAAAGUUUGGGAUAAGGGACGGGAUCUGGGCUCGGAGCUCCCAGUCCCGCCGAUGCUCGGCAGCGGGGAUUGCGGCAGCCGGCGAUUCCAUGGAUAUUCCCAGCGGGAUUCUCCUGGCCUGCUCCCUCUGCCUCCUGCCCGGAUUCGGGAAUUCCUUCAACAUCGACACCAAGAGGCCCCAGAUCAUCGCGGGAUCCAGGGAAUCUUUUUUUGGAUACACGGUGCAGCAGCACGACAUCGGCGGCAAGAAAUGGCUGGUGGUGGGAGCUCCGUACGAAUCCAACGGGCAGCAGAAAACCGGAGACGUCUACAAGUGUCCAGUGCUGAGUGACAACCACGGAAACUGCACCAAGCUCAACCUGGGGCGGGUGACGCUGUCCAACGUGUCGGAGCGCAAGGACAACAUGCGCCUGGGCCUGAGCCUGGCCACCAACCCCAGGGACAGCAGCUUCCUGGCCUGCAGCCCCCUGUGGUCGCACGAGUGUGGCAGCUCCUACUACACCACGGGAAUGUGUUCCCGCGUCAACUCCAACUUCCGCUUCUCCAGAACCGUGGCUCCGGCUCUGCAGAGAUGCCAGACCUACAUGGACAUCAUCAUCGUUCUGGAUGGAUCCAACAGCAUUUAUCCCUGGGUUGAAGUCCAGCACUUCCUGAUAAAUAUCCUGAAGAAGUUCUACAUUGGUCCUGGACAGAUCCAGGUGGGAGUGGUGCAGUACGGAGAGGACGUGGUCCAUGAGUUCCAUCUGAACGACUACAGGUCCGUGCAGGACGUGGUGGCGGCCGCCAGCCACAUCGAGCAGCGCGGCGGCACCGAGACCAGGACCGCCUACGGCAUCGAGUUCGCUCGCUCGGAAGCGUUUCGGAAAGGUGGCCGGAAAGGGGCAAAGCGAGUAAUGAUUGUCAUCACAGAUGGAGAGUCCCACGACAGCCCAGACCUGGAGAAGGUGAUCGAGGACAGCGAGAGGGACAACGUCACCAGAUACGCGGUGGCGGUCUUGGGUUAUUACAACAGGAGAGGAAUCAACCCUGAGGCCUUUCUGAACGAGAUCAAGUUCAUCGCCAGCGACCCCGAUGACAAACACUUCUUCAACGUCACCGACGAGGCGGCCCUCAAGGACAUCGUGGAUGCCCUGGGAGAGAGGAUCUUCAGCCUGGAAGGAACCAACAAGAACGAGAUCUCCUUCGGGCUGGAAAUGUCCCAGACUGGAUUUUCAUCCCACGUUGUGGAAGACGGGAUCCUGCUGGGAGCAGUGGGAGCCUACGACUGGAACGGAGCCGUCCUGAAGGAGACCAGCAGCGGGAAGGUCAUCCCUCUGCGGGAAUCCUACCUGCAGGAAUUCCCAGAGGAGCUGAAAAACCACGGGGCCUACUUAGGUUACACCGUCUCCUCCGUCGUCUCCACCAAGCACGAGCGGAUUUACGUGGCGGGAGCACCGCGGUUCAACCACACGGGCAAAGUCAUCCUGUUCACCAUGCACAGCAACAGGAACCUCACCAUCCACCAGGCCCUCAAGGGAGAGCAGAUUGGCUCCUACUAUGGCAGUGAGAUCAAUUCCCUGGACGUGAACGGCGACGGCGUCACCGACGUGCUGCUGGUGGGAGCACCCAUGUUCUUCAGCGAGGGCAGGGAGAGGGGCAAGGUCUACGUGUACACCCUGCACGGGAACCUCUUUGUUCCCAGCGGAGCCCUGAUGGACCUCCAGAGUUACCAGAAUUCCCGCUUUGGCUCCUGCAUCGCCGCCGUUCCCGACCUCAACCAGGACUCCUACAACGACCUGGUGGUCGGGGCUCCUCUGGAGGACGAGCACCAAGGAGCCAUUUACGUUUUCCUGGGAUUCCAGGAGACCAUCCUGAAGACGUACAAGCAGCGGAUCGCGGCCGCCGACCUCGCCCCAGGCCUGAUGUAUUUUGGAUGCAGCAUCCACGGGCAGCUGGAUCUGAAUGAGGACGGGCUCGUGGACCUGGCCGUGGGCUCGCUGGGGAACGCCGUGGUGCUCUGGUCCCGCAGCGUGGUGCAGAUCAACGCCAGCCUCCGCUUCGAGCCCCCCAAGAUCAACAUCUUCACCAAGGACUGCAGGCGCAACGGGAAGGAGGCCACCUGCAUGAGGGCCUUCGUCUGCUUCACCGCCCUCUUCCUCUCCGCUCACUUCCAGACUGCCAGCGUGGGGCUCAGGUACAACACGACCAUCGACGAGCGCCGCUACUCGCCCCGGGCGCACCUGGACGACGGCAGGGCGGCACCGCGGGCGCUGGUGCUGCCCGCCGGGCAGGAGCUGUGCCACACCCUGCCCUUCCACGUCCUGGACUCGGCGGAUUACGUGAAGCCGGUGACGUUCUCCAUCGACUACGAGCUGGAGCAGCCCGACCACGGCCCCAUGCUGGACGAUGGGUGGCCCACCUCCCUCAGGGUCGCUGUCCCCUUCUGGAAUGGCUGCAACGAGGACGAGCACUGUGUCCCCGACCUGGUGCUGGAUGCCAGGAGUGACAUUCCCAGUGCCAUGGAAUUCUGCCGGAGGGUGCUGCGCAGGGCGGACUGCUCGGCCUUCAGCCUCUCCUUCGACGCCUCCGUCUUCGUCAUCGAGAGCAGCAGGAGGAGGGUGGCCGUGGAAGCCACGCUGGAAAACCGCGGGGAGAACGCCUACAGCACCGUCCUCAACAUCUCCUUCUCCAGGAACCUCCAGUUGGCCAGCCUCAUCCCCAAGGACGACAGCGACAUCAACAUUGACUGUGCCAGCGACGACAGACACCCCACCAGGAGGGUGUGCAACGUCAGCUACCCCUUCUUCCGAGCCAAGGCCAAGGUCGCUUUCCGCCUGGAUUUUGAAUUCAGCAAGUCCGUCUUCCUGCAGGGCAUGGAGGUCUACAUGGUUGCCAGCAGUGACAGCGAGGAGAAGGAGAGCACCAAGGAGGACAACGUUGCCCACCUCAACUUCCAGCUCAAGUACGAGGCCGACCUGCUCUUCACCAGGACGUCAAGCCUGGACUAUUUUGAGAUCAGAUCCAACAAUUCCCUGGAUGCAUCCAACCCCAUCGGGCCCCCCUUCCACUGCACCUUCACGCUGCAGAACCUGGGAUUCUUCCCGGUGCAAGGGGUGACCCUCAAGAUCACCGUGCCCGUGGCCACCCGGGCGGGCAACCGGCUCCUGCUGCCCACGGAAUUCCGGGCAGACCAGGAAAACACGACCUGCAGCAUCUGGGGGAACACCACUGACUACCGGAGAACCCCGGCAGAGGAGGACCUGUCCCGCACCCCACACCUGAACCACAGUAACUCCGACGUGGUUUCCAUCGACUGCGAGGUGAAAUUGGCUCCCAACGAGGAGCUGAACCUGCAUCUGCGUGGGAAUCUGUGGAUGAAGUCUCUGAAAGCACUGAAGUUCAAGGCACUGAAGAUCACCACGAUCGCCGCGCUCCAGCGGCGCUUCCGGAGCCCCUUCGUUUUCCGGGAGGAGGAUCCCAGCCGCCAGAUCACGUUUGAGAUCUCCAAGCCCGAGGAAUCGCAGAUUCCCAUCUGGAUCAUCCUUGGGAGCACCUUUGGAGGUCUCCUGCUCCUGGCCCUGCUGGUCCUGGCGCUCUGGAAGCUCGGGUUCUUCAAGAGCGGGAGCCGCCGGCGCGCGGCCGAGCGGGAGCAGAAUUCCCACGGGAUGGAGUGACUCUGCCGGGGCCAGGAGCCCCCUCCCAGCUCCGGAGACUCCCGGGACCCCGAGGGAUUUGGGGGCUGAGCUUGGCUUUGCAGCAGGAUGAGAGAACAGCACUUAAAAGCCAUAAAAAAACCCCUCGAACCAACCGAAAAUUCCCCAGAAAACUCGUCGGAGGUGAUUUCGACUGGGAUUCCAUUAAAAAAAAACCCCUCAAACCAAUGGAAAACUCCCCAAAAAUCACCUCAGAGGUGCUUCUAACUGGGGUUCCAUUAAAAACACCACAAACCAACCAAAAAGUCCCAAAAAACAUCCUCAGAGGUGCUUUCAACUGGGAUUCCAUUUAAAAAAGACCUCAAAUCAACCAAAUGUUCCCCAAAAAUCUCCUCAGAAGUGCUUCCAACUGGGAUUUCGCCAAGGUGGCAGCAGUGGGGACGAGGGGACACCGACGUGAGGGGUCCCUGAUGUGGAGCUGGAAAACUCCUUAAAAUAAAAAUAUUAUCCCAAAAAUCCCCCAUGGAUUGCUCCUUCCCGUGGUGGAGCUGUUGCAGAUCCCGGGCUCUGCUGGCCACAGCUCUCAAACUGCCUUCGUUAACAGGAGUAAUUAAGUGGAGGCGUUAAUUAGUCUGAAUGCACUGAAUGAAAUUCUUGUGAUUUCAAGCACCUUAAAUGCCAAAUCUCCCGUGUCCAGCUGUACAUAAUUCUUCUAAAAACAGGAAGGAAAGGAGGGGGAAAAAAUUAAAAAUCCCAUCCAAAAAAAACCCAAAAAAACAAACCACAAACUUAGAAAUAAUUUUGAAAUAAUUUAAAAUCGUUAAGAAUUAAUUAAAAAGCAGUUUGAUGAGUUUUGUCCCAGCAGAGCAGUUUGGGGAGCCCACGUGUAUCAUACCUGUACAUAGCUGGUGCCAUGGAAAUCAUGGAAUUUUAAGGGCAGGAAUGCCCUUGGCAUAGCAGAAUUAUUUAUGCUAAUAUUAAUUUUAUGGAGAAGAGGGAAGAGGAUUUUUCUGGAUGUAGGGUGAGGUUCGGGACAUAGUGUUCCUGGUAUUUUUUAAUGAUUAAAAAUAUGGUAUUUUAAAAA